GGGUUUGACCUAAGGGGAGGAGGAGGGUUUAUCGGCCGGGCGAUUUUGGUUAAAAUAUUCAAAAUGGCGGACGGAGGAGCAGCGAGUCAAGAUGAGAGUUCAGCAGCGGCGGCAGCAGGGACGCAGAUGUAAAAAGGAGCAGGUUUGGUGUCACCAAAUCAUUUUCUAAGUCUAUCCAGCGUUAAUUAUUUACCGGAAGAGCCUGAAAUAAGUAGAACACUCUGGGAAGAGCAGUCGUCUUAAUACACCAUGAAAUUGCAUUCUUCUUCCAAGAUUCAAAACCAUGCCUGGCUGUCAGAUGCAAGAAUGAACAAUCCGUCGGAAACGAGUAAAUCACCAGAGAGCGGGGAUGGGAACACAGGCACUCAAACGAAUGGCCUGGACUUUCAGAAACAAGCUGUGCCCAUUGGAGCCAUUACGUCGGCCCAAGCCCAGGCUUUGCUCGGACACCUGCACCAGGUCCAGCUCGCUGGCACAAGUUUACAGGCUGCUGCCCAUUCCUUAAAUGUACAGACUAAAUUUAAAGAAGAGCCUGGGGAGCCGAUGCAAGUGGUCCAGCCUUCCCAGCAGCCCUCACUGCAGGCAGCCAUACCCCAGACUCAGCUCAUGGUAGCUGGCGGACAAAUCGCUGGGCUCACACUGACGCCGGCCCAGCAGCAAAUGCUACUCCAGCAGGCCCAGGCCCAGUUACUUGCAGCCGCAGUGCAGCAUUCUGCCAACCAGCAACACAACGCUGCCGGUGCCACCAUCUCGGCCUCUGCCGCCACUCCAAUGACACAGAUUCCCCUUUCUCAACCAAUACAGAUUGCACAGGAUCUGCAGCAGCUGCAGCAGCUUCAGCAGCAAAAUCUUAACCUGCAGCAAUAUGUGUUGGUGCAUCCAACCACCAACCUACAGUCAGCGCAGUUCAUCAUCUCUCAGACGCCGCAGGGGCAGCAAGGCCUCCUGCAGGCGCAGAAUCUCUUAACUCAACUACCUCAGCAAAGCCAAGCCAACCUCCUGCAGUCUCAGCCAAGCAUCACCCUCACCUCACAGCCAGCAACCCCCACGCGCACAAUAGCUGCCACCCCUGUACAGCAACUUCCACAAAGCCAGACAACACCAAAGCGAAUCGACACCCCAAGCCUGGAAGAGCCCAGUGACCUUGAGGAGCUUGAGCAAUUUGCCAAGACAUUUAAACAGAGACGCAUCAAACUCGGAUUCACUCAGGGUGAUGUGGGGCUUGCUAUGGGCAAACUCUAUGGAAAUGACUUCAGCCAAACUACUAUCUCCCGUUUCGAAGCCUUGAAUCUUAGCUUUAAAAAUAUGUGCAAAUUAAAGCCUCUUCUGGAAAAGUGGCUUAAUGACGCAGUUUUAGAAAACAUAACGUCUGACUCUACCCUGACCAACCAAAGUGUUCUGAACUCGCCAGGACACGGAAUGGAAGGGCUGAAUCGCAGGAGGAAGAAACGCACCAGCAUAGAGACCAACAUACGAGUGGCCUUAGAGAAGAGUUUCCUGGAGAACCAAAAGCCUACCUCGGAGGAGAUCACCAUGAUUGCAGACCAGCUGAACAUGGAGAAAGAAGUGAUCCGUGUCUGGUUCUGCAACAGGCGCCAGAAAGAGAAAAGGAUAAACCCCCCGAGCAGUGGUGGAUCCAGCAGUUCUCCCAUUAAAUCACUGUUCUCCAGUCCAAAUCCGCUGGUGGCCAGUACCCCAAGCCUUGUGACCAGUAGUCCAGCAACUACACUGACUGUAAACCCAGUGCUCCCGCUUACAAGUGCUGCUGCUAUAACCAGCUUUCAUAUUCCAGGCACAACAGGAACUUCCUCGGCUAACACAGCAACUGUGAUCUCAACAGCACCCCCUGUAUCCUCUGUCCUGACGUCUCCUUCUCUAAGUUCUUCCCCCUCGGCUACUGCAGCAUCAUCAGAAGCAUCUACAGCCGGCGAGACGAGCACGACGCAAACCACAUCCACUCCAAUGACCUCUUCAUUAAACACUGGUCAAGUCAUGGUGACUGCAUCCGGAAUCCACACGGCAGCGGCUACGGCACUACAGGGCGCAGCACAGUUGCCUACCAAUGCAAGUCUUGCUGCCAUGGCUGCUGCAGCAGGACUAAACCCCGGGCUUAUGGCACCCUCACAGUUUGCCGCUGGAGGUGCCUUAUUCAGCCUCAAUCCAGGUGCACUGGGGAGCGCCCUUAGCCCUGCUCUCAUGAGUAAUAGUACACUGGCAACAAUUCAAGCUCUUGCAUCAAGUGGAUCUCUUCCAAUAACAUCCCUGGAUGCUGCUGGGAACUUGGUCUUUGCCAACGCUGGAGGGACCCCUAACAUUGUAACUGCCCCCUUAUUCCUCAAUCCUCAGAACCUCUCUCUGUUUACCAGCAACCCUGUUAGCUUGAUCUCUGCAGCUUCCGCUGGGGCUACUGGCCCCAUCACAAGCCUUCAUGCCACCACCUCCUCAAUUGAUUCCAUCCAGAACGCACUAUUUACCAUGGCCUCUGCUAGCGGAGCUGCUUCCACCACCACAUCUGCCUCCAAGGCGCAAUGAGUUUUUUGGGGGGGUGGGGACAUGGGCGUGCAAACUAGACCAUGGUAGCAUUGUCGCUUACUUAUAGCGAUCAACUACAAUAAAAAAAAAAAACACAAUCGGAUUUGCCCGCCUAUUGGAUUGUUGCAAACAAAAUAAAGCGGCGGGAAGAAGACAAAAACACAUGAACAAGUAACGAAUGGACACUUUGCCUAAUUUUAUAAUAAACUUUCUCUUUUCGGGAUCACGACUGAUUGGAGAGCUUUCUAACCAAAAAUUUGAAAAAAAAAUUAAAAAAAAAAAAACAAAAGGAAAAAAAA